CCCCCCCCCCCAAAACCAACAAUAAUCAACAGUCACACGUAUACAUCCAGGCUUCUCAAUACGCAGAGAACCGCAUCAGGGUAUCCUCAAUGGGCAAAACCGCCAAGGAAGGGGGGAGGGAGACGGAACCAGAACUGAGAGUGCAGCUGUUACGCAGACAACUUCGGGUUCGAGUCUGCGACUAUGCUGGUCUCCAGCGACAGAUCCACGACGAUUUGCGCCAAUUCACCAAGGGAGACAACGAGGCGAUGCUGACGUUCCAAGAGACUCGAGCGUGGUAUUUAAAGAAAUUACGCAUGUCGUUAACCCGUCUGCGCCAGACGAUAUUGACGACCCAGAUCCCCGACUCAACUGAGCCCUUAAUCGUCGAAGAUAUCAUGAAGAGGGUCAAGCCGUUUCCUGAGCGUUACCUUCAGCGUUUGGUCGAUCGGGGACACCUGUCCGAAGCCAACAUGCAAGGUGUCCUUAGCGCAGGAUACGCAAAUGUUGAAGACUAUUUCGAGGACAUGGCAAAAGACCUUUAUGGCGCCGACGAUACCUCGGGAAUAUACGACGAAACCGGAUUCCUCGUCGAGGGUCAGCAGGAAGAAAAUGCGUCAAAAGAAUCCAAUAACACUCCCUUUAACAGCACUCCAGACCAACCGCCUGGUCUCUUCGAAGACUCGGAUGAGAAGAAGCCGCCCGAAGUGUCGCUGCCACAGACCCCGGCCUCCCAAUCGACGACCGACGAAGCCGCGAAGCCUGCGCAGCCUGAGCGAGCCGAAGAAUUGGAACCAGACGACGCCGAUCAAGCGAAUCACCCUUCCACCGACUACCCGGAGCUCCCUCUAAGCAGCCCGUGCCUAUGUAACGUGGAGACCUUCGAGGAGGACGGCGAAGACGUCGAGGUGGAAUAUACGGAGAACGUCCAGGCACCCUGGUCGCAAGAGGACUACGAGGCGGGGGGUGGGGAGACGGGGGGCAGCAGCUCGGAGAGCGAUCCCGCGUCCGUCCCCGCGGAGAUAGACGAGAUCCUGGGCCUAUGGUUAGAUAAUCGGAAUAUGUGGUUUUGGCAGUACGAGCUGCUCUGCCUCGCAACCCUGGCGCUGCAGCAUUACAAGCCGGACUUCGAGACCGCGCGACGCGCGUACAAGUCGGACCCCUUCAACGACAAGGAGUAACAGGGAUGAAGCCGAGCACGUCUGGGCUGGCCGGGGCGAUCGAAAUAGCGAGACGAUACCUACGCAGCAUAGUUUGCAGGUGGCGACGACAAUCGAGGACGCGCCAUGAAGCUGAAGAGCCUAGGUCGGAAAGGUU